AUGUCGACAAGUUCCUUCGCACAAUGGUUGCUCGUUCACUACGCGUCGACCAAGAGCCAAUCACCGAACGAAGGCCGUAGACGAUGGAAACUUCGGGUUGCACAAAAGUUCUGGGCAUCAGGCGAGAAAACGUUGUCAUAUACCGCUGCAGUCGGUACUGCUGAGAAUAUCGAUCUGGACUUCUAUAUCGAUAGCGAUCCUUUUGAUGAAGCGUCCACUGACAGACAAGAACUCGGAAUCCUUGUGCGGACCGAUUUUUCCGACGAGGCUGCUUGGUUGGCUUUCUGCAGUCGAUUGGAAGAAGGAGAGAAAGAGUUUGCAGCUAGUCCUUCGGAAGAAGAUGACGCGACAAUGGACAAUCAACCUGAGCCCAACAGAGCAAGCCAUGAUACCGCUGCAAUUACGACAGAAGAAGAUGACAGCGAGGAAUCUGAUGACGAGCUCAGUGCAAUCUUUUACAUCGUCAAUCCAUCUCUACCCCAGGAAUGUGCUCUGCUAACCAACAUCUCAAAUCUUGCUGCCCUUCGCUUCUUUAAUGAUGUGGAUGUCCGACAAGCACCCACUCCUCCACCAGAUACCAAACGCAUCAGGCCUCCAAACAGAUUGGUCGACUCAGGCGGCUGGCAGGAGGUGUAUGCCGGAAAAAACCUGUGGAUAUACGAUGCAAAGUCCAACAGUGAUCAAUGCGUGCGGGUAGUCAGUCAGACCAGCUCAGACAUGUAUGGGACAGCAACGGCCGAUAGCUGGAGAGCUAGAGUAUCUCACUUAUGCGAACUGCAAGUAAACCUGUCUUCUGGCGCGAUGAAGAUCGACUUUGGAGGCCUAGAUCGCUGGGAUUACGCAGAACGCCAACGAAACAUGCAAGAAGCUGAGGCUCCAGUGGUUUUGUGA